AUGUCUCAAUUUGAUAAGGAUGUCUGUCAAUGGAUCUCUUCAGCAUCAAUUGGCCGUCAGGAUAAGCAUACAAUCCUUGAGAAGAUCAUAACAUCCAUUGAUGAAUAUAAGAAGGUGGAGAGCAAAGGGUCUUCCACAGGCAAAAAAGAGGUCUCAGCUGUACGGCCGCUUUCAGAGAAGAAGAGGUCCUCCCUCAACUCGAAGCCAAAGAAUGAGAAGCCAAAGAAUGCUGGAGCAGAAAUAGACUACGAGUACGCUGAAGUGGUGAAUAAGGCAAUCUAUGAGCUGGAUCACCAGGGCAUGCCACCUCUCCCACCGCCAAUUGCGAAUAUGAAGGGAAGCAGAGACGCAGAUGUGCCGACGCCGUUGAACUCCGCCACACGUGUGUACCGCCCAAAGAAUGGGCAUAAUGCCAUCUCAGCUUCAGAGGAGGGGGAGGGUGUAGAAGAGAAUGGUGAAGAAAAUGAAAUGGCGAAUGGGAGCGGGCAGUUGGACGAGGAUGAUGUGGAGGCAAUGCGUUAUGGAUUCGAGACCUUCAAGUUCGGGCAGAAAACAGGGGCUGGGGCAACGCCGAUCAUAGAUGCCAUUGACUUCAACAACACAGUAAACACGCACGAUUCAAGUGAGGACGAUGUGCUUGAAGACGGCGAAGAUGAGCGCCGCCGACGUAUCACGAUGAAGCGUCCCUCUCGACCAGGUGUGUCUGCAUUAAGCCUCGACCCGGAUGAGAUCAUGAGCGCAGAGUUUUCGCCUACGCCAAAAUCAAGUGAAAACGUGGCCUCCAUCCGGAAGGCUUUGGAGUCACACUUUCUUUUCUCCUUCAUGGAUGACGCCCAAUUGACGCGGGUGGCAAUGGUGAUGGAAAUAAUUGACUUUCCGCAGGACGUCAAAAUCAUUGUCAAGGGUGAACCGAACGACAAAUUAUACCUCGUUUUGAAUGGCGAGGCCACUAUGACGAUUUUCGACGUGGAGGGCAACAUUAAAACUCUAGAUAUGAAGAAAGGCUCGUCUUUUGGUGAAAUUGGCCUUAUGUAUGAAACUGAGAGUGACAUAACCGUGGAGACCACCGCGCCGCUAACGUGUGCCACAUUGGAACGGAACACAUACAAGAUUCUGGCCUCGCGGGAGGCAGAAAGGAAGCGUCUGCGUUACAUGGCAUUUCUCGAGAAUGUGCCGUUCCUGAAGGACCUGACGCCACAGGAGCGCUCCAAGAUGGCAGAGGCGCUGAAGGAGGGACGGUACACGCAGGGCGAGAAGAUCAUAACGUAUGGGGAAAAGGGAGAAUGGCUACACAUCAUCGUCGAGGGAUCUGCGGAUGUCAUUGGCCGCAGCGAGUCCGGUGAGGAAGAGUACGUUGCCACUUGUCAAGUUGGCGAGUGCGUUGGUGACUUGGAAUUCCUCUAUCACCACGAAACUGUGGCGGACAUCGUCGCCAAAGCUCCCAUCGUGAGGACGGCGAAAAUAAGCCGGCGCCACUUUGAGCGGCUCAUUGGGACCGGGAGGGAGCCGCUGCAGCGCAAGGUGAUCGAGGACCCGUCGUACCAGUACUACCGCCGCACGAUGAGUGGCAGGUCGCGGCCGCGGGAAGACAACGCCCCGCCCUUCGAUGCACCGCCGGAGUACCUGGCAAACGUCCACCAGCUGCUCGAGCUGUGA